AGGGUACUUAAAGAGCAUCUCUGGUAGGCAGAGCAGAACCGCACGCACUUCGGUAGUGUUUGCCUUGCAGUUGGUGUGCAGGACCAUGGAGAGCUCCAGGUUAUGGAUGAGAGUCGUGGUAUGCGCUGUGUUGCUGUCCGUCGUCUGCGGUGCUGAAACUAACGAUUUGGAAGAAAGAGCCUUGACGGACUUCUAUCCGAAAGACCCAAACCUGACCAACGAAAAGCAGCUUCUUGGAGCUCUGCAGGAAGUACUGGAAAAGCUACAGAGUAAGAGGAUUCCAACCUGGGAAAAGAAAUUUGGGCAAGUUCCAACGUGCGAUGUUGGAGAGCAGUGCGCGGUGAGGAAAGGCGCUCGCAUCGGCAAGAUGUGCGACUGCCCGCGCGGGGCGUUUUGCAACUUUUUCUUGCUGAAGUGCUUGUGAAAACGACCUGAACGAAGACAAAAACAAACUCAAUUAAAAAUAUCAAAAUGUAAUAUAUAUAUAUUUUUAGGAUACAAAAGGAAACGUUAUCAAGUGGACGGUGGGUGAGGUUUUGAAAGACUGUUAGAACCUUUGGAGCUCCUAAACGUUCCUGGACAUAUUUUAUUGUUUAUUGUAUGUUUAUGUGACUUAAAACAACUACACGCAUAUUAAAAGAUGUUAUAUCUUGUUUUGUAAAGCA